GAAGGGGUUGCAGAUAAGGGGUGGAGGGCUGGAGGGUUAGGGGAUAGGGAUUAGGCAUUUGGGAAGUAUGAGGAUAAUUCAGGGUCUUUUAUGGUAGUGAACAAGUCUUCUGAAGUUUUGGCAAACAUGAUCUUCCGGGAAAGCAGAGGUGGAAAAUCACAGUCCAGCUUGGAUGGCAUGACAACUCCCAUGUGAUCUCCUGCAAACACAUUCUCCAGGGUAUUGAAUGAAGUUCUGUAUAAAGAUGACGUCUGUUUACGAAGAUGACCAGAGCGCCUUCCCUCUGUGUAAAAUUCAUCGAGUAUGCCAACCUAUCCCUAUGUUUUGUUACUUUGACAAUAUGUUCAAUCAGAAAUCAUGGGAGAGAGCCUACAAGGACCACAGGAAAAAGAACCGGAAACUGAGGGGAUACCCAUCGAUCCCGGAAUGGCUGAACAACUCGCGGCACAUGCUUAUGAUGGAACACUACUGUGCUGCAAGAAAUGAUGAACAGGUUGAUUCUGCCAAAGCAAUAGUGGAUUGCCAUCCUCCUUCACUCUACAGUCAUCUUCAACUCAAUCUAAAGAAGUUCAAGAAGGAGACUGAAAGACUUCGAGGCAUUGAGAAGGAGAAUCGCAUGCUGAUGGAGAGGAUAGCUUACAUCAUGAAGGCCCAAGAUACCUUCGACAUGCUAAAUGAAUACAAACAAAAAUGGGCAAAACGAGAAAGAGAACUUCGGAGAAUGAACAGAGAAAACCUAACCAUGCAAGAGAAAUUUGUAAACUGUGUGCCUUGGUACCAUUUCCGAAGAUGGUGUGAUGAUUUGGAAAUGGACGAAAAACUCAAGAAUUCUAUAACUGAAAUUACACAACCAUGUUGUUGCUCUCAGGAUAUAGUGGUUGAAACAAGAAUAAGGAAGGUAACACCAAGGAAAAGAACACUAAGGUCCAGGCAAAAGAAAUAUACAGACAUGGAUAUGAGAGUGUCAAGUGAAAAACUAUUAAAAAAUAUCAAGUGUAAAAAAGAUGACAUGGAAGUGUAUAGUGCAGAAUAUAGAACAGAACCUUCCACACCAGUAAAGGAGGAGGAAGAAUGGUUUAGUAAGACAGAGGAGACAGAAGAGUUAAAUUGUCAAGUAGAGCCAGAGAAAGAGAUAAUAAGUAACCCAGAAGAAGAGAAAGACACAAGUAAGCAAAUAGAGAACACAAGUAAGCUAGUAGAGAAAGAAAGCAGUGUGAUUUCAAAGAAACGCGAAGUCACCCCAGAAGAUUUGGAAUUGAUGGAGUUUAAGCUGAAGGAAACCGUUAAGUCAAGAAUGCUAAGACUGGAACAAGAGUUGGAAAGGGAUUACCAAAUGCUGACAGAAGUGAAAGAAAUGAUCAAAAUGAAAGAACAGGAAGAAAGAAGAGCAAGAGAGCUCUCACAAGGGGGAAAAGAUCCUGUAGAGCCUAAUGAGAAAAAGGAAACAGAAGUAGAAAAGAUCAUUUCUCAAGAAGCAAAAAUAUCAGUUUCGCGGAAAUCAAAGGAUUUGUUGGAGAGUACGAAAAAAUCAGAGAAAGAAUUGAACGAUUCACAAGAAUUAGAGAAAGAAUUGAAGAGUUCCCAAGAAUCAGAGAAAGAAUUGAAGAGUUCCCAAGAAUCAGAGAAAGAUUUGAAGAGUGCAAAAGAAUCAGAGAAAGAAUUGAAGAGUUCCCAAGAAUCAGAGAAAGAUUUGAAGAGUGCAAAAGAAUCAGAGAAAGAAUUGAAGAGUGCAAAAGAAUCAGAGAAAGAAUUAAAAAGUUCCCAAGAAUCAGAGAAAGAAUUGAAGAGCGCAAAAGAAUCAGAGAAAGAAUUGAAGAGCGCAAAAGAAUCGGAGAAAGAAUUAAAGAGCGCGAAAGAAUCGGAGAAAGAAUUGAAGAGCGCGAAAGAAUCGGAGAAAGAAUUAAAGAGCGCGAAAGAAUCGGAGAAAGAAUUGAAGAGCGCGAAAGAAUCGGAGAAAGAAUUGAAGAGCGCGAAAGAAUCGGAGAAAGAAUUGAAGAGUGCGAAAGAAUCGGAGAAAGAAUUGAGUCCACAAGAACAAGAGGAACAAUUGCAGGAUUCACAAGAACCAGAGCAAAAAGAACAGGAUAAACCAUCUGAAGAAGAUACAGUACCCAAGACACCAACAGAAGAGAAUGUUCCAGCGGAUUCACCAUUAGAAGGAAAUGAGUUCAAUGUUCAGGAAGCCUUAGAAGAGGAUCAGUACCGUUCAGAUGAUGAAUAGACAGUCAUGUCCACCACUUUAUGUGAUAUAGAAAGCCGAGAGAAGACAGAAAAUAUCAGCAGUGUACAGUGUUCACUGUUAUCAAGCUACAAGCAGCUGUUAAAUAAGGAGUGGAGAUGUGGGGUAUAAAUACUGUGACUUUGAAAGAUGAAAUUAACCUAGUGAGGCAGCAAAUGUAUUUUUGCUGUUUGCUGGGUUGGUACUCAGCCCCAAAGAUGAAACAAAUUGUUCAGGAUAAUUUGAACGGAGAUCAGUUUUUUGUUUCUGAACUCUUGCUAGUUACUCUGUUGAGGAUUUGCUUACAUGACUGGGUGUACUUAUUUCCAAGAAAGACAACACAAAAUGAACUAAUUCCUUCAAAAACAACAACAACAACAACAAAAAGAAGAAAACACACUUUCCUAGAAAGCACUCCAGUUGGAUCCUUAACCAGUGUCUAAAUAAAUUAAAUUAAAACUACAUAAUAUAAUGGAA